AUGGAGAAACAAGGAGAAAGCUGUGAAGUUUAUCUGACUGCACAAAGCCAAGAAAAAAAAUCCAUACACAAACGUUCAACUCAGGAAAGAAACACAGGGCUGCCUCUCCAGCUGCUGAACAUGUGUGGAGAUGCUUCGGCUGCUGUUCAGCUGUCGGGGGAUGUUCUGAACAGCACCUCCUCCCGCGGCAUCCUCACGCUUCAGCUCGCCCUCUCAUUUGGGAACACCCCUCGGCCCCCCAGCCGUGCCCCCCCCCUCCACAAGCCAGGAAAGAACCGCAGGCCUGCCUCUCCAGCUGCUGAACAUGUGUGGAGAUGCUUCGGCUGCUGUUCAGCUGUCGGGGGAUGUUCUGAACAGCACCUCCUCCCGCGGCAUCCUCACGCUUCAGCUCGCCCUCUCAUUUGGGAACACCCCUCGGCCCCCCAGCCGUGCCCCCUCCCUCCACAAGCAAGGUGCUCUCAUGAACCUGGAAAACCUCUCUUCGUCUCCCACGCCGAUGCCGAGCUUCCCCUGUCACCUCUCAUUGCCGUCGCGCGGGAUUCGUACCGGGGUCGCCGCGCCCGCCUCCGCAACCCCUUCUACCCGCUGACCAAGGAGUCGUACGGCGCCUACGCCGUCAUGUGCCUCUCCGUGGUGAUCUUCGGCAUCGGUAUCAUGGGCAACAUGGCAGUGAUGUGCAUCGUCUGCCACAACUACUACAUGCGGAGCAUCUCCAAUUCCCUGCUGGCCAACCUGGCUUUCUGGGACUUCCUCAUCGUCUUCUUCUGCCUGCCGCUCGUCAUCUUCCAGGAGCUCACCAAGAAGUGGCUCCUAGAAGACUUCUCCUGCAAAAUCGUCCCGUACAUCGAGGUAGCCUCCCUCGGAGUCACCACGUUCACCCUGUGUGCCCUCUGCAUCGACCGCUUCCGUGCUGCCACCAACGUGCAGAUGUAUUACGAGAUGAUCGAGAACUGCACCUCGACGACGGCCAAGCUGGCCGUUAUCUGGGUGGGCGCACUGCUGCUGGCCCUGCCAGAGGUGGUGCUGCGCCAGCUGGCCAAGGAGGACCCAGAAUACAGCGGCAGCCCGCCCGGGGAGCGCUGCGUGGUGAAGAUCUCCACCGCGCUUCCUGACACCAUCUACGUCUUGGCUCUCACUUACGAUGGGGCAAGACUCUGGUGGUACUUUGGCUGCUACUUCUGCUUGCCUACCCUUUUCACUAUUACCUGCUCCCUGGUAACUGCGAGGAAAAUCAGGAGGGCGGAAAAGGCUUGCACGAGGGGGAACAAGCGACAAAUUCAGCUGGAGAGCCAGAUGAACUGCACAGUGGUGGCUUUGACCAUUUUAUAUGGGUUUUGCAUCAUUCCUGAAAAUAUUUGCAACAUUGUGACUGCCUACAUGUCCACAGGGGUCUCUCGGCAGACUAUGGACCUCCUCCAUCUCAUUAGCCAGUUCCUUUUGUUCUUUAAGUCUUGUGUUACCCCAGUUCUCCUUUUCUGUCUCUGCAAACCAUUCAGCCGGGCCUUUAUGGAGUGUUGCUGUUGCUGCUGUGAUGAAUGCAUCCAGAAGUCUUCAACAGUGACAAGUGAUGACAAUGACAAUGAGUACACCACAGAACUGGAACUCUCCCCUUUCAGUACCAUCCGUCGCGAAAUGUCCACUUUUGCCUCUGUGGGGACUCACUGUUAAUUGUCCUUAGGAGUUUAUUCCCUGUAUCUUUUUCCCUUUAUUUUUUUUUAACUUCAUAUGUUUCUUCUUGAAGCAAAAUGCAAGAAAAAAAAAUAUGAAAACUACUUUGGAAACCAAUCUGCAUAAUAACAGUCAUGCUCUGGAAAAUAAUUUGUUUGGUUAUUAAGAUGAAAGAGAGAAGGAGAGCCAGCACUCAGUUUUAAAUCAUAUUUUGUAUGGUGCUAGGAUUUUAUUGUUGGGGGAGGAGAAUCCAUAUCAAUCCACUUUUAUUUAAUUCCGUAGUAUUUUUUUGAUAAUCACUGUAAAACAAUUAUAUAGGCAUCGUUGGGUUUGCAAGAUGUUUCCUGUAAAAGAUGUGGUCGAAAGUAUUUGAAGGUAGUUUUAAUCUAAUUACUGUGAGUUAUUGUGAGAGGACUCGGACUUCAGAAAAUUUAUAAAGUAGCAUAAAAAUAAAUGAGGUAUUAUUCUUUAACUUCAUUGUCAAUCUGCAUUUAACAAGGACACCUCUAAGUAGUAUUAAAUUCCUUUAAUAAGUAAAAAAAAAAAGGCUUUGCAUAAAAUAACUUAAAUGGCCAUAUUUAAUUUACCAUUUGUGUACUUACCCUUGGAGUUUAUAAUUACAGUAUUUAAUGAAAAGGGUCAUAAUGUCAUUAGACUUACAUGAGUGGGGUUUUUUUUAAUGUAUAUUACAAAAGUUCAAUGUGCCUCAUUGAAAAUUUCCUUCUUAACCUGCAGGUAUACAAAAUCUGAGUUAUUUUGUACUUCUUAACAAAAAAAAAAAAAUUUGGUUUCUCACUAAAAUUUGUCUUGUGUGGUUUUAAAAUCAAGUUUCUUUGCAUUUUCUUAUUUGUUUCACAUGGAGAUGAUGUCCUUAGUCUCUGUAUGUACAGCUCCUACUGGCUUCAGUGAGACUCCCAUUGCAGAGGAAGGCAUUUUUUAGCCAGAGGUUUGCUGACAAUAAGUGUGAGGGACUGAAGCAUGGAGAGUGAAUUCCUUGUUU